ACGUAUCACAGCGAUACAAUGUCGCCGUUUGAUCAUCAAAGAAUCUGCCGUUAAAAAAUAUCAGAGAAUUAGGUCAGCAACUUAUCAGAACCAGCGGCCACGUUAUGAAUGUUACAGCCAUGUUUUUUGUUUUUAAACUUUUACAAACACUCGGCCUAGGAAUAAAAUAACCUGCUUACAACGAGGACAAGAGAUGUCCGGUGAUUCCAGCAUCUGCAGACCGGGGCCGUAAGACCGUCAGACCGGGUCCGUCUGUCUGCCUGUCUACCUCCUCCUCCUCCUUCUCCUCCUCCUCCGGCUUCAGGAGACCCACAAGCCCCCCAAACAACGUUACCUCUACUGUAGUCCCGUCCCGGCUGGGGCUGAAUGAUUAGCCGGGGUACAGACUCCACAAAGCUGAAUCUGGAGGCUUCAUCUGCAGGAAAUCACUUCUCGUCUCGGCUGCACAUUUCAAUAGUUGCAAAACGCAAUAAGGACUCUAGCCUGACAGCACAACCUCCCAAGACAUGUGAGCCUUGAUCCUGCUAAGUUCAUCUUUACCGAAAGCCGAAGUAGAUAGAGUAGAGUUUGACUAUGUCAAGCCGCAGAAAAUCAACCACACCCUGCAUGGUUCUGCCCUCCAAUGUGGUGGAGCAGGAAGAGGGAGAGGAGAAAACAGAGAGGACAGAAGAUGAAAAGAAAGAGCAUGAGGAGGGCAACGUGAAGGAGGGACCAGAUGAGGGGCCUACUGCAGAGGAGCUGGAUAAGGCAGUAGUGGUCGUGCCUACACCUCCAGCUACAGAUGAGCCCAGUGUCUCUGCUGAAGACAUCAGCCCCUCACUGAAGCACAGCACUACAAGCCCUCCUGAGGACCCAAGCAGCGACCAGCCCGCCCAGGAACCACAGAACGAUACACCCGAGGAGGGGGGCUCUGACCCUGCUGCCGUUGCUGCCAUCUCUCUCAGCAAGACUCCAAUCAUGAGGAUGAAGACCAAAUCUGAACCCAAGAGGAUCGCCGUGUCACUGAAGUCAGCAGAUGAGGGCGUGGAGGGCUUUGGAGGGGGCGGAGAGGGAGAGGUGGGAGGAGAGCAGGAGCCCAUCGAAGCUCCUCUUGGGCCGAUGACGCCUGUUGAGAUGCUACUGCAUGACUCCAUGAAGCUUGGGGGAGCAGGCCUGCUGGUCAGCCCACCCUCAGAGCAGCAUAGGAAAUCCUCUGCUUUAAACCCCACAGUGCUUCCUGCAGGCCUUGCACAGGUUCUUUCUGCUUUCCACACCCAGCAGAGUGCAGCUCAGCCACAGCUACUGAUUCCCCUCAGCAGCAUCCCCUCCUACAGUGCAGCUAUGGACACCAACCCCCUACUGGGCAACACAUACAAGAGGUUCCCUUACCCAUCUAUGGCUGAGAUCAGCGGCCUGGCAGCACAGACACAGUUCACGGAGGAGCAGAUCAAGGUUUGGUUCUCCGCACAGCGGCUGAAGCAUGGUGUGAGUUGGACUCCAGAGGAGGUUGAGGAGGCCAGGAGGAAACAGUUUAAUGGAACAGUGCACACGGUGCCUCAGACCAUCACAGUUAUACCUGCUCAUCAGCUGUCAGCUGCAAAUGGCCUGCAGUCCAUCCUUCAGACUUGCCAGAUAGUGGGCCAGCCCGGCCUGGUGUUUACACAGGUCGGCCCGGGAGGGAACCUCCCAGUGACCAGUCCCAUCACUCUGACAGUGGCAGGUCUGCCUAGCCAGUCUCAGAGCUCCAGCAGAGGUUCCUGCCAGCCCACCCUGACAAACAGCGAGCUGAAACGGGCCACCACAGUGCAGCCCCCCUCUCUUUCUCCACAGGAGAACUCAGCCCUCAGCGUUGACACAUUCAGUUUGCGACCAAAGAAGUCCAAAGAGCAGCUGGCCGAGCUGAAAGCCAGCUACCUGAAAAACCACUUUGUCACUGAUGCAGAAAUUGCCCGGCUGAUGAAGGUCACCAACCUGACUAAGGGAGAGAUCAAGAAGUGGUUCAGUGACACCAGGUACAACCAGCGCAACUCCAAAAAUAGCCACGUCAUCGUCUUCCACGACGGAGGGGGCAGAGGGGGUGGCACCUGUAGCAGCAGUGCUUCCACCACCAUCAUCAUCGACUCCAGCGACGAGACUCCCACGUCUCCCCAUCCUCCUCGGACUCCUCCUGUCAAGGAGAAGGAGUCGCGGCCAAAAACAUGGAAUCCGUUUCCGGAUUUUACCCUGCAGAAGUUUAAGGAGAAGACUCCGGAGCAGCUGGUGGUGCUGGAGGAAAGUUUUGAGAAGGGUAGCACUCCUGCUGAUGAAGAACUGAGCCGUCUGAGGACAGAGACUAAACUGACACGCAGGGAGAUUGAUGCCUGGUUCACUGAGAGACGGAAAAUGCCGUCCGUCAGUAUUUCCUCACCAGAUUCUUCAGAGGGAGGAAAGAUGGAGACAGAUGGAGCAAAAGCAGGGGAGGAAGCCAGCUCUUCUCCUCCUUCUGCAUCGUCAUCUCGCAAAGGGAGUCAAACUCCUCCAGGCGGUCGCAGUAAGCAGCUGCCCACCACCAGCAGCCACAAAGACAUGAAAGAUAAGACUAAAAAGACCCCAGAGCAGCUCCACAUUCUGAAAAGUGCCUUUGUGAGGAGUCAGUGGCCCACAUCUGAGGAGUACGACCAGCUGGUGGAGGAGAGCGGCCUCCCUCGCUCCUACAUUGUCAGCUGGUUCGGGGACUCUAGGUACUCGUGGAAGAACAGUAACUUGAAAUGGUUUUUCCAGUACCAAAGCGGAAACGUCGAAGGGCCAAAUGGCGGUGGAAGCAAUAAAAUGGGAGGCAGAAAAAGACGUGGACGAAAUCGUGGUUGGGGGCGUUCCCGGACUAGAAGGCAGCCGAGGAGGUCGGCCUCCUACAGCGCGGAUGUUGACAGAUCUCCACCUGCCAAAAAAUCCAAGAGUGGAAGGGAGAUCCUGAAGGAAUACUACCUGAAGUAUCACUUUCUCAAUGAGCAAGACUUGGACGACCUCGUCACCAAGACCAACAUGAGCUAUGAACAGGUGAGGGAGUGGUUCGCCGAGGUCCAGCGUCGCUUGGAAACGGGGGCAGAUCCUUUCGAUGAGGCGACUGCAGGCGGGGCCGGGGGAGGAGAGGGAGAGGAGGUGCGGGGAGAGGCCACCACGUCCACCAAGGAGCAGACCGGCACUGGGUUGGGAGACGAGGAGGACGAUGAAGGCGAUGAAGAGGAGGAGGGCGAUGAUACCGACGACAGCGAGGUUUGGGAGCCGUCGCGCAGCGUGAGGAAGUCCUUGUCAGUUUCUGAGGAUUGAUGAUUGUGAGGCGCACAGGGAAACGCUACAGAAUGUCAUCAGAGAAAUUGGGAUAUGAUCAAUGCUGGAAGACAGUUAGCUAAGCCAAGUCUUUUUGCCACUGAUUUGCAUGUUUACAAAUGAGCAACAUUCAUUCACUGUUUUUUCAAACUAUUUCUGAUCCAUGUCGACAUGAGACUAACUGAUGGAUUAUUAGCUUUAGCCCAUUUUACUGUAAGUGAUCUGUAAUAGUUUUGACAGAAAUCAUCCAUGUAGAAGAAGUUUGAGGCAAACCCUGCUAAUCUUACUUGGCACACCAACUUUGAGAAAACUAAAAAAGAAGUUGUUAAGUGCAAUCUUCAAGCUGAGCUGAGGAUUAAAAUCCCAAAAAGACAUGUCCGCACAUGCUUCUUUAGAAGCAACUGAUCAAUUCUGGCUGUUGGUGUAAAAGAGAGAUGUUUAGAGGAGGAGUUUUAAUCUUGCCCUUGUGAAAUUUGCACUCCUUGCUGGCUUAAGUUAAGCCAUUGUUGGAGAUGUUUUAACAUGUUUAUGCUGCAUUGCGUGAGAAAUAGUGUUUGUUAUACUGCUGUGAGCACAGGCCUAACUUCAAACCUUAAAUCUCCAGUGUUAUGAAUGUUUCCCCCCCUCGCUCGCCCUUUUAAAGGACUUGUAUUGUUUACAAAGUUGCUCUAAAAUGUUUCACAACUGGAUGAACCCCUGAGAAAUGUCACUAAUGAAACUAGCCCUCAUCUAUUUGUGGGGCUGGUCGAAAGUAAAGAUAAUCACAAGAAGGACCUGAUACAAAUCAGCAGGUUGUUUGGGGCUGAAAUGGGUAAUUGAAAAAUAAUGACGCUGAAAGUCUGGCUUUAAUCGGUCAGAGAUAAACGCCUAGAACGAUGCGAGGCGGGCACCUUAAUGCUGACUGAACGCCAGUGCCAUGAAUUUUUAAACGAACACAGGAUGUCCACGCAAGUCUUCCCUUUACAGUGGCUUGUUGUUUCAUUAGUAUUAUUUGUUAUUCAAGAAAGGCCACAGUUUGUGUUUAAUAUGCACUGUUUUAAUGUUUUUAAACUUAUUUCUCACCUUUUGAUGAAACCCAUCAUGCGCUGUAGUGACCUUUUAUAGCCACUAUGAGGCUGUUGUCCCAAAGUUGAAUGUGUUGUCUCCAGCUUGAGGCAGAGGCGCCGUAUAUGAAAUCCUUAAUGACCAAGUCAGACAUGUUGGUCCACUACAGUAAGAAUAGAAACAGACACACAUUGAAUGGAUGGACUGAAUUGGAGGAUGGAGAUGCAGAUUAACAUAGUUUUUCCCCCAAACUAGCUGCAGCCCCAGUGAAACCUUUGAGGAAGUCAAUCCACAGUUCAUCAUCUUUACAAUACUUGCAGUCUCCACCAAAUCAUCGACACCUUGCCUUUAGGUUUGGGCUCACCUGCUUCGUCAAAAGCGAUGCCUGAGAAUCAUUUUGGGUCUUGACCCGCUCCUUAAAGAAAGACUGUUAGACAGAAUUUCCAGAGAAAAACAUGAAGCACCUAAACUAAACUUUUUUUUUUUUAAAGUUGCACUUUGUCCAUUUGUUAUCACAGUGGACUAAAUCCUGAUUAGGCACCUUAAUCUCUUAUACCAUGAAAUGGCUCUGAGAGACCAAAUCUGUUUUGUAUGAAUACAAACUAAACCAGUAUUUUGCCUUUUUUGUCCUCCAUGGAGGAGGAAUCAGUGUAUCUAUCCACCUUCUAAUCUAAUGUGUUGUGUCAUAGUGGAAUGUUUGUAAGGCUCAUCGAAACGAAAGAACAUUAACGCAACACUUUCCUUUGCAAAAUUGCACAAUUUGAGCCCCAUUUUUGAUAUUCUCUCCUUUGAAAUGCACAUGUGUUCUACUUGUUGUGUUUUGUAUUGUUGCUUUAAAUCAUGGAGAUGAUCUCCAUUGCUCCUUCUCCUUUCCCUUACGCCCCCUGUUUGACUCUUUACCCUUCUCCUGCAGUCCAUGUUUGUAAAAUGAAUGCCUAGAUUCUUGACGUGCACUUCUCGAGACAUGUUUCUGUAAAAGUUAUGAGUAUGCUGUUGAGACAGACAGGGCUGUAGAGACAUCUUCAAAACACUGAAACUGAGAUAAUUGAAUGAAUUCCCUUUCUCUCUCUGAAGGAAUUGUUGUGAUGUCUAAAGAAACUGAACUGCUUUCCCUUUGUGGCGGGAAAUCAACCAAAUAACAUUUUACUGCCGAACAAACUGACCUGAUAUCAAACUGGAAACUCUUCAUUACAGCUCAACACAAACAGGGGAGAGAUACCCUGAAGAAGCUUUGCAGACAAACCUUUGUGCCUACACGGCUCUUGUGCUUGUUUUGAACAGAAUCUCACCAACUCUGGACAGAAGAGGACGAGAGCUUGUCUUUGGAAAUCACACACUGUGGAGAGUUUCUUAUGGAAGACUGAGUUGCGUUGCAUGAUCAAGCUCUGCUUUGUGCUGACGUUUAAAGAUGCCUAAUUACUCUGAAGUUCACAGCUUCUGUUGUAAGACCUUAAACUGAUACCGAGGUGUUGCCACCAGUUUUGUUGUAUUUUUCACCAGGCACUUGUCACACUACAUGUUGGCACCUUUUGCUGUCCAAAAGCAAUUUAAUGAGUCUUUGAAAGCAAACAUUGUGUGCUAGGGUUAGUGUAAGCUAACUGCGCUAGCUAGCAAGUGAAGGGGAACUGAAACAGUUUGUUGUUACUGUACGUGACAAGUGCUUGGGCAAGAGAAAAAAACAAAUUCAAAAUGUAAAGGUAAACCUUUAUCUGAUAUUGCAUGCAAUAACCAAGACGAACAACUUCUCAUUUUGUACAUACCGUGUGUUGUGUUUGGUUUACUUGGCAGAGAAUAAGCCUACUCUGUGAUUGAGUCUUUGUGUAGCUAUGAUACCAGUUUCUUUCCACUGCAGCAUGGACCUGUUUUUUUUUUCAUUGAUGGUUUCCAGGAAACAUUUGAAUAAGCCUUGUCGCUUUUAGCUAACGCAGGCUAACGUCUAGCUUUUGUUUCUGCAGAACUUUUUAGUCACUGCAGUUUUUAACAUUUUAUGGCGGCCAUUUUCUGCUCUUUUUUAAACCUUUACAUCCUGGUACUUGUUGUGCUCAUUCCUGCACAUGCUACAAACCGGCUGUCAGUAAUGAGUUUGUUUUAGCCCCCCCCCCCAAGUAUCCAGCCCACAGUCUUUUCCAGUGUUCUCUUUCUUCACUGUAGUCCGUCUGUUUUUCAAUGGUUUUCUAUGUUUCUAUUCUAUCUAUGAAAACUGUGUCAUUACAAGUCUUUCCAGACAUCAAUGGAUUGUUUGUCAUCAGGACAGACUCAUUCAAUAUGUACAAUAGAGUAGUGUUUUUGAAAUAGAACCAGUUUUAGAGUUCAGCUAGUGUUGCCUGAGUGGCUUUUUGGUACUUUGCUAAAAAAAAAAUAUAAAUAUGAAAUCAGAACUCAUUGAAAAAGACGCUAAGACGACUGUCUUUGUAGCACUUGGGAAUCUUUUUUCAUUAUUUUGUUUGCCAAUAACGUGUUCAAUUGUUUUUUUUAAACAAUACAUGAAAUCUAACAAAUGUAGAAACACAGCCACCCAAUUCAUUUUUACUCUUCAAGUUUGAAGCUUUUUACACUCCAUCUAUGAAGACACAGUUAAGUAAUGUCUUCUGUGGCUAUCUGACAUUUUAACGUCAACCUUGUGAUCAAAGUUGGAUAUUUGGAUUUGUAAAAAUAUAGGCACUUAAAAGGGACCAAAUGUGUUCCUUUGUAGAAAAUGAUGAUUCUGUGUUUUUGGAGCUUGACUCGUUUUUUUCUAAUCAAUUGCUGAACAUUUUAAUUGUAAAUCCCGAGUCUACCAUCAUAAUGAUUUUCUAUCCAUUACACUUGUAAAGCCUCGUCAUGUAAUGGUUUAUCACGAGACCCUCAUAAAGGUGAUUGAAGGUGUAGACAUAUGAAUGGAAUGUGACAAUAUAACCUGUAAUAUUACAAAAAAAGAUUCAAAGUAAUAUUUCAAAUAUGAAUCACGCAUUGAUUACUUUUCCCAACCUGCUGAGGUGCUGCGUCCUCUCCUCGAGUUGUGAUUUUAUAUCCCUCACCAUGUAUCCCAGUUAACCUUGUGCAGUAGAGCUAAGAGCUAACCGUGUGAUCUAAAUAGUUAACCUGCUGUCCUGUCGUGCACAUUUGUCAUAUCUGUAUCCUGCGCUUUACUUCUGCUAUAGUCCUCACUUGUUCUCUGUAGGUAAGAAUAUUCCAUAAAGCAAAAUCAUAGAUUCAAGUGUUUCACAAUGCAACAGAAGCGAGUGUUGUCUAUACCGUGUUAUACUGUACUUGUAAAUGGAUUCAAGGUGCAAUCUUCACCCUCUAGUAUUCCCGCUCUUAUUUUCAUCUUUUGACUCUUUUUUUUUUUUUUUUUGGAGACAUUGCUCUUGUUUUAAAUGUCCAAUUAACAGUUUUCUCUAUGUUCACGCUUCAGUGCGUCUCAUAUUACCAGACCUGUGCUACCAAAUGAUGGCAGGGAUUUCACCUUCUGUAUUCAAUGAAGGUUCUGUAGACACAGAUACUGAGAAUACAAUGAUAAAACUGUUUACUUAACAGGAGACAAACCAUAUUUAAAAUGCUACUUGAAAUCAACUGUGUCUCAGUUCUGACCUGCAACAACUCACUGAUCCUCACCGUCAUGAUAAUGAUAAGGUGGAGAAAACAUUACGCUUCACCUGACACCAUUUAUAAACUCAAACGUCUGAAAGAAGUAUUCAUCUGUGUCUACAGAUCUGACGUUACCAUCUACACUUAAGUUAUUUCUUCCUCCUGUCUGUACAUGUGAGCUGUGUUACAAACUGAGAGUGUCUGUCAUAAAUUCUGAUUAAACACGUAUGUAUGUAUGUUUGUGUUUGCCUGCUUUAGAAAGCUUUCUGUUCCCUCAUCAGCUCGUAGCUUCUUGCUGUGAGACACUUUGUGCAAUGUUGAUUUUAAAUCCCAGCUUCUGUUGCUUUGGCUCCAUUUAGAAAGGGUUAUAUUUUAUACUUGUUUUGAGGACUAAACCCAAUAAAUUUUGAUCAACAUUUGGCGUCUUUUGCUUUAAAUAUUGAGAAAUGAAACCGUGUGGACUAAAUACAGUUGCAGUGUGGAAAGUAA